AUGACAAGCCAAAAAGAUACUCUCAGCAAUAGCAGCCCCAAUGAGAUGCUUCAAAACUCCUGGAGAGCCAACUCUGUUACACUGCCUGCAAGACUCCUCUGCCCCAGUCCUACACCACAGGAGGGUGUCCAGAAGAAUGGAUUGCCUAUACAAAGAUCAGCCAAGCACAAGCAUAGCUCCAUGGUAGUGAGUCUGCCAGGACUCGAGAUGCUCCCUGGAGAUCUCCUGGUGUCAGGCCAUGCCAUUGACUGCCUGCACCACGCAGCCCUCCUGCUAAGUGCAGAGUCCAAAAAGCCAAGGUGGCCAUUUACCAAAAGAGGAGUUAGUAAAGACAAACAGAAGCAAGCAACUGAUCUGAAACACUGUCUUUCAACUGUUAACAUCAUAGACUGCAGCACAUAUGGAUUUUUCUGCUUUAAGAGUAAACCUUGUCAUAAAUUUAUAAAGGCACAACAGACUGAGCAGAAAGAUAUCAUCUGCCGGUUAGAAGUGAAAAAAGAAGCAGCAGUGUGGGAGCUUUUCACAAGUGAAUGCACUUGCUUUCUGGAUCAUUUGCUCAUUCUCAAGAUGAUAUUUAUGAACACUUUAAAAUACCUCCAGAGCAAUGAACUUCUCUUGGAUGUUGGUUUGUGGAGGCUUUUCACAAACUUAGAGGAGUUAAACAAGAUAAGUCUCAAUUUUCUGAAAACAUUUUUUGAAACUGUGAAGGAGCAUGUCAGCAAGCCAGACUCUGCUAUGGAUUUCAGGUCCAUUCUCAGAAAGUUUUUCCAGGGUGACCUCUGCCAGACACACCAGAUUUAUUGCCUUAAUUAUACCUCUGCUGUCUUCUACUUGGAAAACCUGAGACAGAGAGAGAAUUUUGGCAUCUACCUGAAACGGUGUGAACAAAACAAACAGUGCAAGAGGCUGCCUCUGCCGGAUCUGCUGGUCACUCCUUUGCAUCGGCUGACGCAGUAUCCCCUCCUCCUUAACAAUGUGUGGAAGAGGAGCACUGAUGAAACAGAGAAAGCCUUUAUCUUGUCACUUAAAGAGAAGGUGGAGAGGUCCAUGUGGGAUCUGGAAGGUAAAGUCAAGUGGUUGGACAACUUUCAGAAGUUUAGGCAGCUGGAAGAGAUCAUAAUUUGACCCCAGAUCUGGGAUCGUGACAAAAGAUUCCUUGUCCCAGAGUGCUUGAAGCAAAGCUUAAGGGAAAACAGCAAGGAAAACAUUUUGUCUUCAGCAAACAGAAUAUUCCUUCAUGAAGGGAGGCUAACACUAGCAGAAAGUGCAAGACUCCUUGAUGUCUAUCUCUUCCUAUUCAAUGACUUCCUCUUAAUUAACAAAAUUAAACGUAACAGAAAGAAAUACGGGGGCUCAGACAUCAGCUUAAUCACUGUCUGUCCUUCCCUCUCUCCUGAGCUGCAGUCCCUCAUAAGAGAGGGUGGGUUUUGCACAGUCCUAGACCAGCCCAUCCCACUAGACAGACUGAUACUGAGAAACAGUGACUCCAUCCACAUUACAGUCUUCAGCCUGCGAAAUGCUUUCCUAAUACAGCAUGAAAAUAGGUAUCGUCAGUGCAUAGCAGUCUUCCUGUUACAAGCUUAGAUAGAGACUGCCAAGAAAAUAUGGUUGUCACAGAUAGAAACAGCAAUCUCCAAUUACACCGCGCAACAUGAAACCAAGAAAAGCACUGCUUUCUGCCUCCCAGAUGAAUCUUCUGAAAUUUAA